GCUGCACAGCCUGGUCAGGGGGCUCCCAGGGAGAGCUGGCUGGAGAGGGAGGCCGAUCUGCCCCCAGCGCGCGCGCGUCUCGGCGCCAGGAGCCGUCCCGGGGCGUGUUGGCGAGCACUGAUAUAGAUAUAAGGACAUUUCUCUCCAUGGCGUCACGUGACAUAAUUACCACCAGAAUCAAUCAAGAUGAAUUGCACGUCAGCGCCCGGUGGGGAUUUUUGCUUAGUUGAUCCUGGCCCAAGCCUCUUGUGCAAUCGAUGGCUCAGGUUGGCGGCGCGGGGAGCGGCCCAGGGCUCGCCGGCGCGCACGCCGCGGAGCCAUGAACGACUUUGACGAGUGCGGCCCGAGCGCAGCCAGCAUGUACCUGCCCGGCUGCGCCUACUAUGUGGCCCCGUCGGACUUCGCCAGCAAGCCGUCGUUCCUGUCGCAACCGUCGUCCUGCCAGAUGACUUUCCCCUACUCUUCCAACCUGGCGCCGCACGUCCAACCCGUGCGCGAAGUGGCCUUCCGCGACUACGGCCUGGAGCGCGCCAAGUGGCCAUACCGCGGCGGCGGCGGCAGCGGCGGCGCAGGGGGAGGCGGCGGCGGGGGCGGCCCCGGCGGGGGCGGCGGUGGCGGCGCCGGGGGCUACGCUCCCUACUACGCGGCGGCUGCUGCGGCGGCGGCGGCGGCGGCUGCGGCCGAGGAGGCGGCCAUGCAGCGCGAGCUGCUCCCGCCCGCGGGCCGCCGGCCGGACGUGCUCUUCAAGGCGCCCGAGCCGGUGUGCGCCGCGCCCGGGCCGCCACACGGCCCGGCGGGCGCCGCCUCCAACUUCUAUAGCGCCGUGGGCCGCAACGGCAUCCUGCCUCAGGGCUUCGACCAGUUCUACGAGGCUGCGCCCGGGCCCCCGUUCGCCGGGCCGCAGCCCCCUCCGCCGCCCGCGCCGCCGCAGCCCGAGGGCGCCGCCGACAAGAGCGACCCCAAGACGGCGGCCAGUGGCGGCGGGGGAAGUCCCUGUGCCAAGACGACCCCCGGCUCGGAGCCCAAGGGGGCGGCGGAAGGCGGCGACGGCGAGGUGCCCCCGGGGGAGGCGGGGGCUGAGAAGAGCGGAGGCACAGUGGCCCCCCAGCGGUCUCGGAAAAAGCGCUGUCCCUACACCAAGUACCAGAUCCGCGAACUGGAACGCGAGUUUUUCUUUAACGUGUACAUAAACAAAGAGAAAAGACUCCAACUCUCUCGGAUGCUCAACCUUACUGACCGGCAAGUCAAAAUCUGGUUCCAGAAUCGCAGGAUGAAAGAAAAGAAACUGAACAGAGACCGUCUGCAGUAUUUCACUGGAAACCCCUUAUUUUGAGAGCUCCAGGCGCACCCCUCUCCCCUGAACCCCACGCACCCACUCUCCUCCCCACCAGCCUGCCCUGAGCAGGCCCAAUGUCCUUGGGUUUAAUGACGCCUCUUCUCUGUGGAACUCCACGAUGCCUUCCCACGGUCAACUCGGGACCUCCCAGCGACCACUGCAGCCUGCGGACGAGGUCGGGGACUUGGCCGAACGGAUCCUAAUAAGGGGAAAAUGGUAAAUGCAAACGUCCCUUUACAAUUUUACCGCCAAUGUGCUGUUGUUCUUCCCUCUCUCUGAGCUCCCGUGGGGACGCUGUGGGAUCUGUAGAGAGUUAGGCCGAGGGGCUGGAAGGCACUUGUUUUUGUUCUGAGUUUAAGGGACUGCAUCUUUUCCCCUUGGUGAAUGCAGAUUAUUUAAACUCUGGGAAAUGUACCUUUGGUCUAUCGUAUCAAGGCAUGAGUCACUGUCUUUUGUGUGAAUAAAUGGUUUCUAGUAAAAUGAAGGUUAUAGCUUCAAUACACUGUAUGAAUUUUCCUCUUUGAAGAAGUUUAGUGCCUGAUUAGGAUAUUUUUGUGGCCAGAACCUUCUCCCCCAAGCAACUGAAAAUCAAAUGAAAAGCUUUAUAAUCCCGCUAAGAUAAGACUUGUUCUCUCCUAUCCCUUCUAAGCUACACUGGCAUUAAAAAUCACUUUAGGGAUGACUUUCUGAAUUGAAGAUGUGACCCAGCCAUGCUGGUGCUGCCUUAUCCAGGCAAUGAGGCUGGGACAGCAGGACCUAAGAAACAAGUCUUCUUGCCCACCUCACCCUAUCCUACACCCAGGGUCAUAAACUUGGAAUUCCUUUUGAAAAAAAAAAAAGAAAAGAAAAAAAAACUGGGUAGGAGAUCCAAAUUCACUCUUAAUAAGAUGUCAAGGAGUUAGGGUCCCUUAAAAGAAGAAAUAAAAACUAGAACCUUUCAUUGAAA